AUUCCACAACAACAAACACAGCCUUGUAAAAUGGCGGCGGCCAAUGACGCUAUGGUUGUAACUUGCACAAAUAAUUCGGAUUACGCCGUCAUAUGCUCCUUUUUCGAACAGUUUGGUGACAAAUCUGGAUUGUUAUUUCCGUCUUUUCACGAUCUGCAACAAAUGCUCGAAAAUGUUGAAGAAGUUUCAUAUCCACUUAUUGAAUUACAUGUCAAACUAAUGAGAAAAUUAAAGAAAUCAGUGAAUUUUGACCGGUGGGAAAAGGCAGCUGCCAAAUAUGCUCAUUCGUAUUCUGAUCAAGAUGGAUGGGAGAUUGAAAGGUUUGGCUACAAAAAGCUUAAUCUAGCGGUAAAAUUAAGAUUGCUCAAGAACUUACUUGAAGCUCAGUUCGAUGGCAAUAUUAAAUUCAAAAAUGAAAUCAAUAAAGUAACAAGUGAUGAAUUAAGAUUGCAACCUCUUGGCAAGGACAUUCAAGGACGCCGCUACUGGCAUCAACUUGAUGAUGACUGUAAUUUGAGGGUAUACCGAGAAGAUCUAGAUGAAGAAACAUGGAAUCUUGUAUCAAGUGACAAAGAAAGCAUGUUGAAACUAAUUGAACAACUUAGUUCCGACAACGGGCUUCAAGAAGAUGAAGGCACAUCACCAGCCACAUCUGAAGAAAACAGUGCUAAUGGCCAAGAGGAAGAUCUUAAAGUUGAUUCUGAAAACAGAGUGGAACAAUUGACUGAUGGUCCUAGUGAAACAAAGAGGUUAAAAGUUGAAACCGUUAAAGAUCCAGUGGUUCCAGAAUCAAAACAGGAAUCGAUUGUUAGCGAAGCCAUCGAAAGUCCCGUACUUCUUGUGACAGGUGAAGGAAAUGGAGCAGAUUGCGAUACGGGCAAUCCUGGUGACAGUAAAGGCGAAGAAUCAUGUGAGUCUCACAAUUUAAAUAGUGAAAAAGAAAAAUUAGACGAUACAAGUGCGAUUGACUGCGAGUCCAAUAAACUAAAGUCUUGUGCUGAAUCAAGUGAAGCGGUGAUUACAUCACAACUAAACUCUGAACUCCCCGAUUCCGUGCCCGACAGUGCUUGCCACUCUCUGACAUUGAGUUCCGUCCGGGAUAAUUUGAAAGAUACGUCUCCAGAAGAAAUUGACAACACGAGUAGUGCUGCAUCAAAUAACGUCAAAGAACAACCAGAUUCUGAGGAUUGUCCUGCAAAUCCAAGUGCUGCAAAUUCUGAUAAGGAAGAAAUUACUUUGGAUUCACCUACAAGAAAAAGUGUAUCAACAGUGGAAAAUCCUCUGAUAAAUGACGUAGAAAUAAAAAAAGAGGCAGACUUGGAUGAGAAAUCAAUAUGCCUUACUCCUGAGGAUAUUAAGUCUAACAGUAUUGAGCAACCAUCUACCGAGGUAGAAGGUUUUCCUAAAAACCAAGAAUGCACCAAACCAUCAGAAGAUGAAGCCAUUAUAAAGGCAGAACAUGUAGACAAACCUGCUGAAGUUGACGCCUCGAAUCCUUUCGAACAUGCUGUUCCUAAAACUACUACUGAGAAUUCCAUGUUAACACAUAAUCAAGAGCUUCCAAAACCUGAUUGUUUUUCAGUAGAUGUGAAACUAGAUCCUGUACAACUCAAGUCAGCAAUUACAGCGGAUUCUGUCGAAUUUUCCAAUGAUACUGUUUCCAGUGGUCAACAUCCAUCAACCUCCUAUGUCACUGACGAGGAAACUGUGUUGCCUCCGGUGUGUUUGCCAAUUAUUCGGACGGAAUUACAAGAAACGAAGGAAAUCGUCGAACCUGUUUCGAUACCGGCUGAUUCUACUUUAAUACAAGAGAAUUCAUCUAAAAUUGACGAAUCUCAUCCAGAACAAAGGAAAGAACUUAAAGACAAAUGUUUAGACGAUGUAAAUUAUAAAAUAGCGGAAAAUGCGAAUACUGUCGAAUUGGAAGCAGAACGAAGUAAUCUAUCACCAUGUGAAUCUCCCGCCAAAAUUGAAGUUAAUGACGAGGAAGUAUUGCCGGAGAUCGAUGAUUCCAACUCUCUUAACCAAAGAAUUGAACCGAAAAUCACCUCAACGCCCGAGCUGAGUAAUGACUUGCUAAAAGACAACCAAGAGACAGAAAUUAGUGUGAAUACCCUUCAUUCGCCUAGUGCAACAUUUUCAGCACUUUCCUCAUCCCCCGUCCCCUUAACAUCGGAAGCAACUCAUGCUGUUUCAGAUUCUCCAACGGACUGCAAUUCGCCGUCUAGUUCACAAGGGAAAAUGCAAUGUUCUGAAGAUGAUCCUGCCAUGGAAGACAUCAAGAAGCAUAUGGAUAAAGAGGAAAUUAACGCAAUAAUCUCUCAGCCUGCUGCUGAAAGUGAAGUAGCAGAAGGAUUCAGUAUUCCUGAUCCUACCACUAGUUACGAGCAGUCUUCCCAAAUGACUAGUGCUUCUCCAGAAGUGGCCAUUAAAGCUAAUUCUGCUGUAGUACCCGAUGAUGAGAAAGACACUAAUGCCAUCAAAGACAAUUCUGCUGUACUACCCGAUGUUGAGAAAGACUCCGAGGCCAUUAAAGCCAAUCCUGCUUUAGUACCCCAUGUUGAGAAAGACUCGGAGGUACCGUCUUGUGCUGAUCCCAUCAACAAAAGUGUUUCUGAAGAGCCUGCUGUGUGUACAGACUCAGAGCCUUCAGUAGAAAAAACUAACGAUGCGUCGAGUCUUAAUUCAUCCAAGGCCCAGAAUGAAGUUCUAGAUAAUGUUGAAAAAAACGAACAGAUCACACCGGAACUCGAUGUAUCUAAUCCAACCAAGGAAAAAAUUUCUACAGUUGUUGAAGAGAAGCUGAUUUCAGUCCAGGAUGAAAUUGUAUCAAAUUGUGUACAAGAGAUUCCAGAAAAAGAAGAACUGGUGGAAAUUAAAGAUUCAACUAAUUCUGUAAAUGAUCCAGAUUCAGCCUCACUACUUCUCGCAAAAGACUACUCAAUUCCAGAUAUACCGGUGAAGAACGUGAAUACAAGUGAAGAAACAGUGUCGACAAUGUGCGAAAAAGAAGGUUCUUCAGACAUUUUAACAGCUCCUGUAAAAGAGAAUUUACUUACAGCUCAUGAAGAACUUGAAUCAGAAGAAAUUCCAUUGGUUUCACAGAGCACACUGAAAGCGAUACAAUCCGAGGGAAUUUCAGAAGCGGAAGAUAAAAAGAAAAUUCUUGCAAUCCCAGCUCAAGAAGAACCAGUUUCAAAGCAACCCGAACUUGAAACCAAUUCGGUUUCGCAGAAGGUGGAAGUAAACGAAAUAAAACCUAUAGAAGUUUUGGUGGAACGUCUUGAAGCUAAAGAGAAAAUCCCAGCAGCUUCUACUGGAGUGAUUGCGGAUCAACAAGAACUUGCAAACGAUCCAAUUCUGUCUGUUUCGCCAAAAAACGAAACAAGUAUGACAGAACCCGGAACAUUUGCAAAUGAUCGGCUGACAGAAAACGUCGAUAUUCAAGCACCUGCAAUGGAUGAAUCGAUUUCAUUGAAAUUACAAGAUGAAGUUUUUCCUGAGAUUCUACAGAAGAACGAACCUCUAUCAGGGGAUCCUAAAGAUAGCUUCUGUGUUGCUGAAGAGCCCAUGCAAACGGAAGUAAUUCCAACAGUUGGUGUAAAGGAAUUGCUUUCAGUUCAAAAAGAACCUGAAUUAAACUCAAUUCCUCCAGUUCCUCAUGCAAGUGAAUCGAAGCAAACAAAUCUUACAGAAGUUUUGACGGAACAAAACGAAAUAAUCCCAACAAAAGCCGAAAUUUUACCUAGUAUACCAGAUGCAAUUCCGGCAGACCAAAGUGCUGAAGUUAUUCCAGAAAAUGAAUCUUCAGCGGAGGAGAUUGAAGAGACUACCAAGGAAUCCAUUUUUCCUGCUACAGUUGCUGUAAAGGAAUUGCCUUUAGUUGAACAAGAACCUGAAUUAAACUCAAUUCCUCCGGUUCCGCAUACAAGUGAGUUGAAUCAGACGGAGCUAAAAGAAAUUGUGACGGAAAAACUGCCGGAAAAAGAAAUAAAUCCAACCACCGCUGAAAUUUUGCCAAGCAUACAAGAUGCAAUUCCCUCCGACAAAAUUUCUGAGGUUAAUCCUGAAAAUGAACCCUCUGCGGAGAAGUUUGAAGGGAAUACCGAGGAAUCCAUUUUGCCUGCUGCAGUUGCUGUGAAGGAAUUGCCUUUAGUUCAACAAGAACCUGAAUUAAACUCAAUUCCUCCGGUUCCGGGUACAAGUGAGUUGAAUCAGACAGAACUCAAAGAAGUUUUGACGGAACAGUUGCUGGGAAAAGAAAUCAUUCCGGCGACAGUUGAAAAUUUGCCGCCAAUUCAAGAUGCAAUUCCGUCAGACAAAAUUUCCGAUGAACCCUCAUUGGAAAUGCUUGAAAGGAAUGCCAAGGAAUCCAUUUUGCCCGCUAUAGUUCCUGCAAAGGAGUUGCCUUUAGUUCAACAAGAACCUGAAGUAAACUCAAUUCUUCCGCAAGCAAGUGAAUUGAAGCAGACAGAGUUUAAAGAAGUUUUGACGGAACAGGUGCUGGUGGAGAAAGAAAUAAUUCCGAUGAAAAUCGAUAUUAUGCCUAAAAUAGAAGAUACAGUUACGUCAGACAAAACUUCUCAUGUCAUUCCUGAAAUUGAACCCUCAUCGGAGGAGAUUGAUGGUAAUGCCAAGGAAUCCAUCUUGGUCGAAGAAAAGCAAGAAAUUCCUUUAUUCACUCAGAAGGACGAGUGUUCCGCUCCGGAAGUUCCAACAAAUGCAAAACUCGAGAAAAGUGACCAGACUACGAUUGAACCUAAAAUCACUGGUCUAGAUGCUAAGGAAGAGUUGCUUCCAGUGGUCCAACAACAACUUGAACCUAUCCCCACUCAAGAAAAUUUAAACAAGAAACUUUCAAUUUCGUUACCAGAAGAAAAGGUUGAAAAUCUAGCGGUAGCCGACAAAUUAAUAGCAAGCCCCAAGACUUCAGUGACCGAUGUAAAGGAAGAAGUUUCAGAAGCUAAACUCGUAAUGCAUGUGAAGGAAGACCAAGAAAUGAUGCCCGUUUCCAAAGUUCUUCAUUCAAAUCCUUGCGAACUAGUGUCCAAAUUAUCCGCGUCUCCCGAGACGACACAAAGUGAUGAAGCGAAGCCACCGCCAAACGAAACUGAAAAAUCUUCUAAUUUGAAUCAAUUGACGUUUGACUUCGAUGCUUCAACUCCGGUAGCAAUAAUUUUACCACCUUCGAAGAAUCAAGAUGCCUCUGCAAAGCGUCGUGGUCGGAAACGAGGGAGGUUCAGUCUUGGAGGUAACGACGACAGCGGAAAAGAGAACGACGCACAGCCGACUGUUUUGCGACAAAGUUCACGGAUUGCCAAAUUACGAGAGAAAGAAGAUGAAGACCGUAGGAAAGAGGAAGCGGAUCGAUUGCAACGGCUAAAGGAAGAACACGAACGUCGUGAGAAAAGAAGAUCGGAACGCGACGAGCGAAUGAAGAAGAUGGAAGAGAAACAACAGCGCCGUCAAUUGAAAACUACCAACAGAGAAGACGUGACGUACAAGGAGAGCGAAGAUGAAUCUUCUAGUUCAGAUGAGGAAAAGAAUUCUGAAGAGGAAGGUCGUAAGAAAAAAGGCAAGAAAGAAAAGCGAAGGAAAGGGAAGAAGAAGAUUGAUCGGCCGUGGGAUUCCACAGAUUCGAGUGAAAAAAGCAGUGAAAGUGAUUUAGAUGCCUUGGAAGACCUACAGGUCGAACAGGAGAACGAAGAGCUUGAAUUCAAAUCCGAUCACGAAUUCUCACCUGAAUCAGACUUGGAUGAAGAAGCGGAAACUGUCCAGCCAACCAAACACGCUAGGACAGCGAAAGCUGGUGCUGUUCCCAAAAAGAGAAGCAGAUCAAAGAAGGCUAAGGUGGAGGAAGAAGAAGUGAUAGAAGAAGAAGAAGUCGCCGGAACGGAGGAAGAAGAGGAAGAAGAGGAGGCUGCCAAUUGUCACAAAUGUGGGCAAUCUGAUCAUCCCGAAUGGAUUUUGCUCUGCGAUCGUUGCGAUGCUGGUUGGCACGCCAACUGCGUCAAACCACCGCUACUGGUCAUUCCCGAAGGCAACUGGUUUUGCCCGCCUUGCGAUCACGCAACCUUGAUGGAGCGUUUGCAAGAAAGACUAGAAGCCUACGAAUUCUUGUUGCAAGAGAAGGAAGCAGAACUUGAGCGGAGGAAAGAACAGGAGCUGGAGGCCAAACUGGCCAAAGAAGAAGCGGAGAAACAGGCGCAGCUAGAAAUGGAAGAAGAAGCUCAGGAAGACGACGACGAAGAUGAAAAGAAUAGCGGCGUCGGAGAUUUGGGUGCCGAUGGCGAGGAUGUGGAUGACGAAGAAACGUCCGACGAGAGUGGGGAAGAUGAAGAAGAAGAAGAAGACAGCCAGAACGAGAGUGAUGAAAAUCUCAACGGAAGGAGACAGCGUAAGGCCGCCAAGCAGGCCAACUAUUCAUUCAAGGAUUUUGAUGAUAUGAUCAAAUCCGCUUUGAGGGACGAAGGUGACGAGGAAGAAGAAGAAGGUGGCAAGGGCAAAGGCAAAGGCAAAGGUUUGAGAUCCGGCGUUGAUGAUAAUAGCGACGACGGCGAGGAUAAGCCUCGAUCCCCACCGGGCACCCGUCCGUCAGGCAUCGGCAAUAAACGAAUCUCGACCAGCGACGAUGAUAGCGACAUUAUGCCGCAAGUGACACGCAAGAAGAAGGCCCGUAAACUGAACGACUUGAGCGCCACGAGCAAUGAAGACGAUUCGGAUGAAGAUUUCCAAGGCUCGUCCGCCGAGGGCUCAGACAGUGAAGAUGACGAUGAAGAUGCAUUGAGUGACAGCGGUGACAGCUUUGUGGUCGACGAUGAUAGCGACGACGACGAUGUCAUCCACGUCAGGGCUAAAAAGAAGGCCAGAGCAGCGUCUCCCAUUAUCCGGCGCUCGGCAAGAAGCGCCCGCAAAAGAAAUUUAAGAAUGGAUAGCAGCGAUACGAGUGAGGAAGAGAGCGAGUACGAAGAGAAACCUACCAAACGGAAACGAGGCAAUGAAUCUUGGGACUCAUCCGGAGAGUCGAGCAGUGACGCCUCCUGGGGCAGAUCGAAAAAGCGGAGUGCGGCCAAAAGUAAAGCGAAACCGGUGGCAGCCACCCCUAAACCCAAGCCCAAACCACCGCCGCGUAAAGCGCCCGCCAAUCGAGGCAGAGGCCGUGGAGGACGAUCCAACAAAGUCGAGUCGGACGACGAACCCUUCCGCUCGAAUGUCAGCGCGAAGAAGAUCAAGGAAGCGCGGCCGGUGAAGGCCCAAGAAGACGACGACGAAAGCGACCACGCCCAACGACGCACUACUCGCGGACGGCAGAUCAGUUAUAAAGAGUUAAUCAGUUCCGGGGAGAGCCAGGACGAAGGUGGCAGUACCGUGAAAAAGAUGGGCACGCUAUUUGCAGCUGACCGGAACAAAAGCAUGGCCGGCGCAGUCAUUAGAGGAGGAGCCAGCCGAAGAGGGGGAGUAGGUCGUGGAGGAGUCAUAACGUCGGGUCGUGGCAGUAUCUCUGGCGGUGAUACUACACCUGUGCCUGUCAGUGUCAUCUCCUCACGGGUGGGCGCCGUUCUCAAACAAGAUGAUGAGUCUCGACUCUCCGGAUCGACCGAUACAAUCGAAUUCAGUGCUGCCGCUGCCUCCGCUGCAGCUGCUGCUUCCGUUUACACGACCGGGGACGAGAGUCUCACCUCCAAUGACAUUCUGACGCCGAGUAUAGAUCCCGAUUUGGCCACCUUGCCUAUUAUUCUACCUCAGGAAGACGUUGCCAGUCCUUUGAUCAAAGACGAGCUUCCAGCCGCCGCCUCCAUCCCUGUUUUGUCGCAAGACCUUCAAGUAUCGAGAUUGAUACAACAGAUGCCAGCAGAUGUUCCGCCGCCAACGUUACCCCCCGACUUGCAAAUCAACCGCCUGAUCAAUUCUCAAUCCAUUUCGAGCAGCAGCAACAGUCCGGCGAGGCAAAGUCCAGGAAUUCUUCCGCAGCCGAGGCUCGUUCGAGACGUUUUGGACAGCCAAACACCACCACCUGCCGUCCAGUUGCCUCCGGUAGUGGUGCCGCCGCUCACUCAGCCGCAAAUCAUCGCACCCAGCGUCGAGUUGCCGCCACUCUACAGCCAUGGCGGAGUCAUCAAGCAGACGCGGCAUUCUCUGCCGCCAACGCCGCCAAUGUAUUCCAGUCCUCACGUCGUCAAAACGAGCGAUUUGAUUGCGUCCUCGACUCCACCGUCUGUCAUUCGGCCUUAUCCGACGACUGCGACGUCGUCGUCGUUGAGUCCAAGCAUCAGCGGAAGCUCAACACCUGGUAACCCUCUCAGUAUUCAAGGACUCCUGGGCACAGGUCACGGCUCUCCCGGCUCGAUCCCUUCGGUGCCACCGUCUUCGCAUCCCAUCCGGCCGUACGGCAAUACGCCUCACAUGAUAGGCCACGGACCUUUCCUCAAUCACACGCCUUACGCGAAUCCUUACAGUGCGGCGCCGCCUUCCAGGACCAGCUAUAUGGGCACGCCGGUUACGCCCACUCCUCGCCAGGCCUACCCGCCCAUGUACUCGUCAUCACACCUGCCACCGCACAGCCUGCCUCUGCAUUCGCCCUAUCAACACCACGGCCCACCUUUGAGGCCGACGUCCAGCUACCAGCACGCGGGAUUCCCGCAGGCCUUUGCCGCCGCAGCUGCAGCGGCCGCCAAUGCGGAAGAGGAGCGUAGAAUUUACAGAGUGGCAGCUCAGGCGUCUCGGGAAUCUGGGGCUGACAAUUUCGAUCCGGCGCCAAGCGUCGGGCUGUUGACUAAAAGCGGCGCCGACGACCCUAUUACUCCCGCCGCCACCGCAGUGCCUCCCGAAAGCGAAUUUGGUGGACUGGUGUCGUACUUUUCAAGCCAGCAAGAAGAUUUCGAAGAAUCUUGAAUUCACUACUCAUCGACAGCCGGGCCGGACUUGCCAGUUUAUCUAAUUUUCAUUCUUUCCUUAAGCUCUAACAGCUCUCCUUUUUUUUUGUUUUAUUUCUCUGAUUUUUUUUUUCUUUCAAUUAUGUGCUAUAUCCCGCGCCAUUUUUUUUUUGUUCCUUUUAAAUCGGCAACUUCUACUUCUUUAUAACAUAUGAGACAAAAUCGAUAUUUACUCGCAUUGCUUUGAUAAUUUUCACAGAAGAAUGCUAUUAUUUAUAGCCAGGUUUCUUUUUUUAUGUCUUAUUUAUUGAUUUCGCACAAGAAGAAGGGGCAUUUCUUUCUUCUGUUUCCUUUAUGAUUAUGGCCCGGCUUGUUUUUUGUUUUAAAAAAGAGAAAACAAUUCGCGCUCCUUCGAUUCUGUUCUUUUAUUUUCCUUGCUCUUCUUUCAUUUUUUUUUCUGUCUAUUUUGCGUGGAGAACCUUGUUAGACCUAUGGAAACAUGUGCUUGUACAGUUCAUCCUGUUGGAAAACAAACGAAAAAAAAAAUGGAGCAGAAGGAAUACCAAUCAUAUGCAAAUAUCCCCGUACGUUACAUCCAACUUUAUUGUCAUUGUCUGUCUAUUGCUUUUGAAGGAAGGAGAAACUCGAGUGAGAAGAAGAAGAAGAA